UGGUGAAAUGAGAUGAGGUAGAGAUUUCCUGCCAUUUCUCUGGUGGCCACGUCUCCUCCAUUUCCCCCCAGAUUUUCAUCUUCUGGCCUACAACCUCAGUCUCUCCAAAUAUCUCCAUAUAUCUCCAACCCUAAUCACAAACCCACUCCUCUCCCUUCCAGAAAUUCUAUUCUAACCACAUUCCAAACAACUCAACCCUUCCAUUCUCAUUGCAUUCCGGAUGGCCACCACUUCAUUGCUCCAGUUCAAUCCAUACCCAUUCACCAAAACCUCUAAACCCCCCUUCACAAAAUUCUCACACUUUCAUCUCCGCACCCUCCCUACUCAUUCCACCCAUUUCCACCCUCUUCGAUUCUACAAAUUCCCCAAAAAAUUUGCACUUAGAUGUUUUAAUUCCAUGAGGAAUAAUUCAAGGAAACCCAGUUUUGAAUUUGAUUGCGAUUCGAUUGGGGCUAAACUUAAGUCUAUGAUCCCAUUUUCUUUUGGGGUUUUUGCCGAAUCGCUAUUGAAAGCCGUUAAGACAUUGAGGAAGCCAGCAGUGGUGGCGGUGAUACUGGGGUUGCUCUUGAUGUACGAUCCCAAUUCCGCAUUGGCGGCAUCCGGAGGCCGGAUGGGCGGGAGGUCAUUUUCUUCGGGUUCCUCGUCGUCCUCCAGGAGUUAUAGGACGGCACCAAGUGGGGGUUUAUCUUAUUCAGCGCCGUAUUUCGGGCCUUCGCCUUUCAGUGGUGGUGGGGUUUAUGUUGGGCCAGCAGUGGGGGUUGGAGUUGGGGCAGGUUCUAGUUUUUUCCUGAUCCUGAUGGGGUUUGCGGCCUUUAUGUUGGUUUCUGGGUUCCUUUCGGAUCGGUCCGAGGGCGUUCUUACCGCCACCGAUAAAACUACUGUUCUCAAACUUCAGAUUGGGUUGUUGGGCAUGGCGAGGGAACUUCAGAGAGAUCUUAAUCUGAUUGCAGAAACUGCAGAUACAUCCACCACAGAGGGUUUGAGCUAUAUAUUGACAGAAACAACAUUAGCUUUGCUUCGGCAUCCAGAUUAUUGUAUCUCUGGAUAUUCGUCUGUGGAUGUGAAGCGGAGUAUUGAGGAGGGGGAGAAACGCUUCAAUCGGCUUUCUCUUGAAGAGCGGGGAAAAUUUGAUGAAGAGACACUUGUCAAUGUAAACAACAUAAAGAAGCAAAGCACAACCAGUCACAGAGUUAGUGGAUUCCGCAAUGAGUACAUAGUGAUAACAAUCUUGGUGGCUGCUGAAGGAGUACAUAAAUUGCCCACCAUCAAUGGCAGUGGAGACUUGAAGGAAGCCUUGCAAAAGCUUGGCUCCAUCCCUUCGAGCAGAACACUGGCGGUUGAGGUGUUGUGGACACCUCAGAAUGAAAAUGACACACUAUCAGAGCGGGAACUACUUGAAGAUUACCCACUUUUGAGGCCUCUAUAAAUAACUGGCUGUCUUGUAUUUCUUAGUAAGAGGUAUGGGCUAAAACUGCUUUUUGCAUUUGAAGUUCUAUUUGUAGAGAGGAAAAUUGUCUAUAAUAUAGAAAUUUUUACUCUUCCAAGGUUGAAAAGAUGUAUCAUACUGAAUUUGUACAUUUGUAAGCAUAGAGGAGGUAUAUUCACAUGGUAACAAGAUCUUAUUUUAUCAA